AUGACUUCAACUACUUUGAGAAAAAGAUCGGGGACAGUGGGAGUUGAGGCUUCCAUGGGGGAUCCAACACCCACUGUUUCAGCUGACAGGACCCAAACCUCGGCGGCUAAAACAUCGACCUCACGACUAACAACUGAACAAAAAAUAGACCUUAUCUUAGAAAUAACACUUCAACAAAGAUUAGGAGGAUGGAUUGCAGAUGAGUCAAGGGUAGAAGGGCCAACACCAGGUGAAGCAAAGGUAGAAGGGUCGACACCAGAAGGACCAACACCAGGUGAAACAAGGGUAGAACCAACAGCAAAACAAUUUAGUGAGGACGACAGCUUAAGAAGCCAGGACAAUGAUACUGAGUCAAUGAGGUCUGCAAAGCAAAAAGAACGAAAGAGAAGACGAAAGAAGGACCGUCACUGGUACUUACUAUGGGGAACGAUAAUUAACAUAAUAGCGGUGCUACUAUAUUUCCCGCCCAUUAUUCUAUCAUUCGUAAAAUGGGAUUUCUCCUUAGAAAGAAAAAUCCUCAUGGCUUGUUUGUUGGGAAUCUUUGCAUUACUAGGCGUUGUAAAUUUAUCUUUUAUGGUGUUCAUAAGAAGUAAUGAUUUCAUUGGGUAUUGCUAUCAUUUCGCUGUCGUUAUACUAUUUGCUUCACUUGCCAUAAAUGGGACUAUUGUUAUGGCAGGCUAUGACUCAUGA